UUAAGUGAAGGGCUCUUUGACUUUUCCACAGGCAGCCAGUGUUUUCCGUCUGUACGGGCAGGGAUUCAGUUUGUUGAACAGCGAGCAUUGAUCAGGUCACAGUGGGAGGGCAGCAGAGUUUUCAGAGCUAACUAUCACAAAGAAGUUUUUUUUUUGUUUGGUUUUUUUUUCGUAGCACAGCAUUUUCCUCAGGGCUGGAGGAAAACAUGGCCUCUCUGUGAACCGAAGCCACCCAGUGACUCUGGAUCUGCACUGCUGUAGGAGAUGAACAUUAGCGGGAGACUGAGCAGUUCACAAACUUCUGUUUCCAGUUGGAAAUGUCUGACAGAAACAUCAUUCAGUGAACAUACAACCACGAUAUUGUAGAGGCUUUCCUCCUGGAUUUCUAAAUAGAGCUGAGUUGACAUCUGUGAGCCACUAUGGCGGACUGGAACUUACUGGGGAAGCUGCUGGAGAGCGCACAGACACACUCCACAGUCGUGGGCAAGGUUUGGCUCACAGUGCUGUUCAUCUUCCGCAUCCUGGUUCUGGGAGCUGCCGCUGAAAAAGUGUGGGGCGACGAACUGUCGGGCUUCACCUGUGAUACCAAGCAACCUGGUUGUCAGAAUGUCUGCUACGACAAGACCUUCCCUAUUUCUCACAUCCGCUUCUGGGUGAUGCAGAUCAUCUUUGUCUCCACGCCAACUCUCAUUUAUCUGGGCCACAUCCUCCAUCUGGUCCGCAUGGAGGAAAAGGAGAACCAGAAAGAGAAAGAGGCUGCACUCUUGAAUGAAAAGAAACAGCAGUUACUUCCCAGCAAAACCAAGAAGGCUCCAAUAAAAGACAACCAAGGCCAUGUGCGCUUACAAGGCGCACUGCUGCGAACCUAUGUGUUCAACAUUAUCUUCAAGACCCUGUUCGAAGUGGCCUUUAUUGUAGCUCAGUACUUCCUGUAUGGCUUUGAGCUUAAGCCCAUGUACACCUGCGACCGCUGGCCUUGCCCUAACAUGGUGAACUGCUACAUCUCCCGACCCACUGAGAAGACAGUCUUCAUCCUCUUCAUGCUGGCAGUGGCCUGCAUCUCACUACUGCUGAACCUGGUGGAAAUGUACCAUCUGGGUUUCACAAAGUGUCACCAGGGGCUCCGCUACAGACGCACACAGGCUGCAAACCAAGCCGCCAGGAACCUCACCGAGGCAACUAUGCCGUUUGUGCCGAGCUACGAAUACUUCAGCAGUCAUCCUGCCGUGACCGAGCCUUUCCCUGCAGACUCGAAGUAUGGCAUCACAGAGCCGACCUCCGCUUACAGCCCCUACAACAGCAAAGUGGUUUACAAGCAGAACAGAGACAAUAUGGCUGUGGAGAGGAAAGGUAAAUCAGAGGGAGAGGAUUUGACAGAGAGGAGAACCCCCAGUCCUGCCCUGGAGCUGCUUGUUGAAAAUCAGCGCAGAAACAGUCAAUCCAGCAAACACAGCAGCAACAAGAGCAGGCUGAACGACCUGAAGAUCUAGACCAGCAACUGUUUUUUCUACCCAACACUCAGGAACAACGUGCUUUUGUCUGCAUAAUCUGCGUGAGUUUUAGAAAGUGAGCAUAAAACAGAUUAUAGCUGUGAUCAAUUUGCAGGUCAAGAUUUGAGAGCACACAGCGACAGCUUUGUAAGCAGGGAACAAGUGCGGAGUGAAUUUUUGAAAACUCCUCAGCUCACGGGACUCUUUAUGCGAACGGUUGUCCACCCACAGGCGUCAAAAGGAAAAAUCCAUCACUGGCAUUUAUAAUCAAAUAAAUUGUGUUUGGUUGUUUGUAAACUGGCUUAUUGUGACUCGGAAGUCAGGAUUUAAUGAAGUUGCUCGAGUGAAUUUUUUCUCUGCUCUGAGUUUGAGUUUAAAGAUGGCCUAAUCACUCAAAUCACAAGUCUUAAUUUGUAAUCAAUUAACGUUAACAACCAAUUAAAAUGAACUACUCAUUUGAAGAAAUGAGUAGUUCAUUUUGUGUGGUUGUACUAGAUACUGGCACAUACAGCAGCCACUGCUGACGUGGUGCGUUCCAUACGCCAUUGGAACUCAGAUUUCUGGAAAGAGUUACCAUAGUAACCCUGACAGAGGAUUCCUAGAUGGCUGCCACAUUACAGAAAGUGCUUUACUGUUAAUCGCAUUCCUGUCAUAUUUGUUUCCCAGUAAAUCAAUCGUACUUUAGGUUUUUUAACCCAAAGACAUGUUGUUACGCUGUUUAUGUACGCAAACAAAAUGUAGAGGCUUGUUAUCGACUGAUAUUGCUAAAGUGGCUAGCCCCGGGCUAAUUUUACGUCCAUGGUUUUUUGCCAACUUCCCUCUGCUACAUGGUCAACUCAGAAGUCACUCCCAUUUCCAACGUCCGACUUCCGAUGUAAAUGGAACACAGCAUGCCCAGAGUACACCACAGCUGCCAGGAGAGGGAACAACCUGAGAAACACCAGUGAGGAAACAAGAGAACACUUUUAUUUUAGCCACUUAAUACAGUUCACCUACUACAUUCUAUGUUAGCUUAAGUCUAUAUGAUAUCUUAAGAAUUUAUCUGUUUAUCUCACUGAUUUUUCUGAGUGGAAACUGAAGUUUGUGUUGAUUUGUACAACAGUCAAUCUCCACCCCAAAAAACGUAGAGAAAAUCUGUGAUUUUUAUUAUAGCACAUACUGUUGGAGUUGAUGGUCCACUGCUGCCUUCAUUAGGGAAUUCAAAUGUGUUAUUUUCUUACUUGAUUGUUUGAAUUCCUUAAUUUGGAGUUGCACAAACUAACCACAAACUGGUGUGGAAGUUUCCACUCAGAAAACACAGGCAAAAUUAGGUAUAUACAUAUAUAUACCUCAUUGCCCAGAGUACAUAUAUAUAUAUGUAUAUAUAUAUAUAUACAUAUAUAUAUAUUAAAGGUAUCAUUUAUGACUAAAAUCUGUGUGUCCCUGUUGUUCAGUGGGGGUAAGCACUGACUAUUAAUCAGUACCCAACUCCCCCUCCUCUUCUCCUUCACUCCGAGUAAAUUAUUCUUUAUAGCUCAAAACUGUUUAUUCACAAAUUUAACUUUGUUGCCUUUGCAUUUUCUUAGCCGAUGACUGACUUCAUUUUCAUUUUGUAACAGAUGAACUUUGAAUUUUUGUUUAUUUUACUUGUAUGUCAUGAAAGACCAUAUUGUGGGCGGCGGCGAAGAUGCAAAUUACUUGAGAAUGUUUUUGUUUACAAGCGAUUAACUUGAACUAAAAAUGUGUGUUGCAUGCAAGACUUUAGCAAUAACUGUCAAUGUGUUCAUUUGGAUUUUCCAUACACAGACAUGAUCGAUAAUGCUCAUCUGUGACUGUGACUUGAUUAAACUGAUGUGCAGCAAAGGUGUGUUUGUGCUGAUUGAGACACGGAAAAAGCUUCAGCGAAUGAAUUGUCACGCGUUUGCAAUUCACAUUCACAAAAUGUUGGGAAACAGCUGAUUGUGAGCCAAAAAAAGAAACGCUGCCAAAUGUGAUAUUGUUGUAAUGCAGGGGGAAAAAA